AUGUCCGUCACAGGACGGACGAAAGCCCAGCACAGUCAUUGGGGUCGUAAGACGGUGGGCCGAGGUCUUUUUUGCACAAUUCAACAGGCAAGAGCCCAAGGUAACCUUAUUGCGGUAUCCGACGGGGCUAAUCUUCGAAUACCUCCGACCCGCCUUCUCAAACGAAAUGAAAGGUACACCACUAUCAACCUAAAAAUUGAUAAUUGCUAA